AUGGACAGUAACGAGGAAAUCCCCUCCACACCUGCAACCCCAGGUACUCCUGGUGCACCUCUUUUUGGUGGUUUCAACAAUGGCAGGAAUAGGACUAAUAGUAACAAGAAGUCCCUUCUCAAGAGUUGUAGGUGCUUCAGUGUGGAGGAUUGGAGCAUCGAAGAUGGAGGCUUACCCGCCGUCUCUUGCUCAUUGCCACCCCCUCCUCCAGUCCCUCUUGCCAGAAAGGUUGGUGCGGAGUUCAUUGGGACUUUCAUUCUCAUGUUCGCUGCUACUGCUGCUGCCAUUGUCAACCAAAAGACAAACGGCUCUGAGUCCCUCAUAGGGUGCGCUGCCACCACUGGUCUCGCCGUUAUGAUCGUCAUCCUCGCCACUGGCCACAUCUCCGGUGCUCAUCUCAACCCUGCUGUCACCCUCUCCUUUGCUGCAUUAAAGCACUUCCCUUGGAAACAUGUGCCUAUGUAUAUUGGUGCACAAGUUUUGGCAUCUAUCUGUGCUGCAUUUGCUCUGAAAGGGGUUUAUCACCCUUUCAUGAGUGGUGGAGUCACCGUCCCUUCCGGAGGAUAUGGCCAAGCUUUUGCUUUGGAGCUCAUUAUUGGCUUCAAUCUCAUGUUCGUUGUCACUGCUGUCGCCACCGACACCAGAGCCGUGGGAGAACUCGCGGGAAUCGCGGUGGGAGCCACUGUCAUGCUCAAUAUACUCAUAGCAGGGCCAGUAACAGGGGGCUCAAUGAACCCAGUAAGAACACUAGGUCCUGCUAUCGCCGCAAACAACUACAAAGCCAUAUGGGUUUAUCUGGUAGCUCCCGUACUUGGAGCUUUAGCUGGGGCAGGUACCUACACUGCAGUGAAACUGCCCGAAGAAGACGAUGACGCCAAGGCAAAGGCUUCAAUCAGCUUCAGAAGGUGA